AUGACUACGUGGCUAGCCGACGGCAACCAUCCAAAGCCCAUAUUACCCCAUCCAAACGAACAGGAAAAGCGUUAUCCCACGGACGAGAUUCCAUCCGUCAUCGGCCCCUUCUCCGCUCUUAUUGGGAGGCCAUCCUUGGAGUAUCUAUAUUACAGCACACUGGAACCGUCCCUUUCGUCUGCGAACAGACGGUCAAAUGUCACAUGGGUUGCACAUCUGUGCGUUCGAUCACAGUUUAACGACCGCGUCGAUCGUAUUGAAAGACAUGCGGUCAACAGCCAGCGCAUAGCGUCUAGGCAGUACUAA